AUGGAUUCUUACGACGGGUACGGAUCCCCCGGCAGGAACCGUGAUGGGGACUCGUAUGUGUCCAGGGUGCCAGUGGAUUCCUAUCGACGCAGAUCUCCUGACAACUCUACAGCGUCGCAGGAUCGUCGUCGCGGACGAGGCCGCUCCCGCUCUCCUGUUAUCAUUGACCGUUACGAACCUUCCGACCGCCGACCCUCUCGAGAUGACUUCUACGCCGCGCCCCGCGAACAUGCCUUGCGAGAACGCGAAGACCGUCGCCGUGCCCCUUCACCAAACGUCGCCAACAUCGACCGCUAUGUUCCUGGGCAGGAUUCGGGAAAACGACCACUUCCAAACAAUCCUCUUCCAAACCCGCUCAGCUUGGAUUUCCAAGUAGGUUUCAACUGGUUUGCAGAAUGGUGGAGAGGCGAGCAAUCCGUGAAGGAGGAGAAGGAACGUGCAAAACACGGCGGCCGUCGGCCAUCUGAUCGUGUCAAGGGGGAGCGGGAGGCACGGGAGGACCGAGACCGCGAAAGGGCGCAGAUUCAAGCUGCUUACGAUUCGUACAAGGUGGAUCUCCAGAUCAAGAUGGCUAGGACAUUUGUGCAGCAGCACCGGGGGGAGGAAUGGUUCAAGGAGCGCUAUCUACCCGAGGUCAGAGAUCCCGUGCGACGACAGACGAUGGAUUUCCGUGGAGGUGCUUAUCAGCAGUGGGAACGCGAUAUUGAUGGUGGUCUGUUUGACGAUUUCACGCUGGAAGGAAUUUACAAAAGCGAAAGCGAUGGUGCAGGCGGUGUCAUCGAGAAGGAGGAGGGCGAGACCACUGCCGUCGGCGAAACGCUAGGCGUUUUGGACCUGCUCCCAGCUAGGGGUGGUGAGCUGCGAGAUGAUGCUCUGUCACAGCCCGCCUUGCUCAUCAAGACAUUAGCACCAAAUGUCAGUAGAGCCAAAAUUGAAGAUUUCUGCAAGGAGCAUUUGGGUGAGCAAGAUGGUGGGUUCAAGUGGCUUAGUCUGAGCGAUCCAAAUCCUUCCAAGAAGUACCAUCGCAUGGGGUGGAUUAUGUUACAUCCGGCCCCCGAUGUUGCUGUUGUGGAAAGAGGCGAUGGACGAGAGGAAGAAGGUGAAGAAAUGGACCAGGACAAUGCCGAAAAUGGGGCUGUCACCGUUUCUGCUGCGGAGAAGGCUCUUGAAGCCAUCAACGACAAGACCAUUCACGACCCUGUUCAUGGUGAUUUCGUCUGUCACGUUGGUGUGCAUGUUCCCCCGUCUCAACCCCGCAAAAAGGCCCUCUGGGACCUGUUUUCGUCACCCGAACGUAUCGAGCGGGAUUUGGAACUGGCCAGACGAUUAGUCUCGAAGCUUGAUUACGAGAUGGGCGGAAAUGUUGAUGGUUUCGCCAAGAUUGAAGAGCGAGUGGAGGAGUUGCGCGGGAAAGGCUGGCUGCAACCUCCCGUUACAGGUCCAGUGAGCGUCAAGAAGAGGAAGCCCGAUUUCGAUGCGGAGAAUGAUGGUGAGGAUGAGAUGGAGGAAGGUGAGGAAGGCGAGGAGCAGGAAGGAUGGGACGACGAUUCCGAUGAUGAAGAACUCCUGGCAAAGAAAAAGAAGCUAGACCUGAUGGUUGAGUAUCUCCGCAGAGUCUACAAUUUCUGUUUCUUCUGUGUCUUUGAAAGCGAUUCUGUCCACGAGCUUGUUCGAAAAUGCCCCGGUGGACAUCUCCGCCGUCCACGCACCGGCCUUACCAACCAGUCCAAGGCGGUGGCUAGAGCCAGCGCUCUCGGCGAGCCAUUCCCUGUCAAGAAGAAGGAGCCAAGCGAGGAGGGAGAGGAAGCGCCCGUCGAGGAUAAGCGACAACAGAAGUUCAGUUCCAAGUCUGAACAGCAGCUGCAACGCGCCUUCAACUGGGUAAAAACAUUUGAAGACAAGCUACUGCAGAUACUGGAACCGGACAAUGUAGAUAUCAAGAAGAUGGGUGGCAAGCCUGUGGAAGAAGCCCUUGAGGAAGAGUUGGCGAAACAUGUCAAGCAAGAGGACGAGUCGAAGUAUCGCUGCAAGGUGCCUGAAUGUUCGAAGCUGUUCAAGGCGGACCACUUUUGGCGCAAGCAUAUUGAGAAGCGCCAUGCAGAGUGGUAUGAAAAUAUCAGGAACGAUCUUUCCUUGGUGAAUUCCUACGUUCUUGAUCCUGCUCGCAUUGCCCCUUCCAGGUCUGAUGCCAACAGCAACGGCCACUUCCCUCUCACUUCCGGUCAGAACCAUGCGGGUACUCCUCGUGGAUUCAGUCUGUCGAACAUGCCUCCUUACCUUGCAGGUAACGGUCCUUUACCAAGUGGCUUCCAUGGUCUUCCCGGCGCAGUGCCUGGUUUUAUGGGCGCGAACCAGGCUGGCUGGAAUGGGAAUGGCAUUGUUACGGGCGAGUCUGGAUUACACCAGCCAGGUGCCAUGCGCCGGGGUGGAAACCGCUACAAUAACCGCUCGGGCCCUUACGACCGCCGUGGAAAUCGGUAUGGCGGUGCAGGAAAUGGUCGCUUGAGCCCUGUCCGUGGCAUGUCAAACAUGUAUGGGCCCGGUGGUCGUCUGCCACCCAACCCUGCUUCAGCGUACAUCCCCCCUGGACACCCCGCUGCGGCUUUAGUUGGGGCCGGUCCCUUCCCCGAUGCAAUGGGACCAGGCGGUGUGCAACAAGGCAUGCCACCUCGUGAGGCCGUUCAGGGUCGCAGUCUGAAGAGCUACGAGGAUCUCGAUGCAGUGGGUGGUGCUGGAGGUGGCGAACUAAACUACUAG